AUGGAAGACUGCCAGCCUUGCCCUCCUGCUCUCUACUGCCCCCUAGCAGGCCUGUCUGACCCCAGCGGCCCCUGUGAUCCAGGCUUCUACUGCCCAGGGGGACAGAGCUCCCCUACGCCCAGACAACACGCCUGUCCUGUGGGACAUUACUGGCUGACGUCACCCAGCGGCCCGUGUGCUGCAGGGUUCCUGUGUCUGGGAGGGGCGUCUCAGUCCUCUCCUUCAGACAACACCACCGGCACUGUGUGCCCCCCUGGGUCCUACUGCCCUGUUGGUUCCUCUGCUCCCACACCCUGCCCCAAAGGCACAUUCAGUAAUCAGAACGGUCUCUGGGAGGCGUCCCAGUGUCGCAGCUGCAGCCCAGGGUUCUACUGCGCUGAGCAGGGCCUGUUGACUGGUACCGGACCCUGUUUGCCAGGUUUUUACUGCCUGGAAGGCUCCCAGAGUGCAGCCCCAGAGCCAGGACUGUCUGGAGGAUUGUGUCCCUCAGGCCACUACUGUGAGAGGGGCACCAGCGUACCUGUACCCUGCCCGGCUGGAACUCAGCGGAACCAGACUGGAGGGACGAGCACAGACGACUGUACCCCAUGUCCUGAGGGCUGGUUCCAGGAAGUUGCGGGCCAGAGGGAGUGUCUCCCCUGCCCUCCCGGGUUGCACUGCCAGACCCACACCACCAGGGGGAGCCCCAGCGGGGCCACUGGCCCUCAGCCCUGCCCAGAAGGAUACAUCUGUCCUGGAGAGGGACCUACCAGCCAGCCCCUGCCCUGCCCCAGAGGCACCUACAGCCCCGCCCAGGGCCUCACCACACCAGGUGAGUGCCUGCCGUGUCCUGCGGGCCACUUCUGUGGUUCUGAAGGCCUGGUCCAGCCCACUGGACCCUGCACUGCUGGCUAUCUGUGUGUGACUGGUGCCACGGUGCCCAACCCCACUGACAACAGAACCGGGUCACCUUGCCCGCCUGGGUGGUUCUGCCUGCUGGGUCUUAGAGCAGGUGACUGCUGGGCUGGCUUCUACUGUGACCACGGCUCCAGCCGACCCGACCAGACCCUAUGUCCCACUGGGUCCUACUGCCCCGGAGGUUCCCCGUUGCCCCUGCUCUGCCCUGCAGGUACAUACAGCCCCAGGGCAGGCAACACUCACCUGGACAACUGCUCCUCUUGUCCUGCUGGACGCUACUGCCGAGGGCAAGGUGUGGUGCAGCCUGAGACAUGUCCAGUAGGUCACUACUGCCCCACAGGGCUCACUCUGGGUACUGAGUUCCCCUGCCCCCCUGGCACCCUGCAGGCUGUUCCAGGAGCCUCCAGCCCUGGCGACUGUCUGCCCUGCCCCGCUGGCCAGUUCUGUUCCCUCCCAGGCCUCUCCCAGGCAUCAGGACCCUGUCAGGCAGGAUACUACUGUCCACCUGGUGCUUCCAGCCCCAACACUACUGGGUACCAGGGCAACUCCAGCACCACCGCCUUCUGCCCCCCUGGCCAUUACUGCCCCCCUGGGGCGGGCUCCCCCCUCCACUGCCCCCCCGGCUCCCUCUCCCCCUCCCCGGCCCUGCAGAGGCAGGAGGACUGCCCGCCGUGUCCGGCAGGACGUUUCUGCAGCGCCCCGGCCCUGGUGCUGCCUUCCGACACUGCCCAGUGUGAUGCAGGGUACGUGUGUCUGGGCGGGAGCCCCACCCCACGCCCUGGCGAUGGUCUCCAUGGUUACCCAUGCCCGGCGGGGCACAGCUGUCCUGUUGGCACGGCAAAAGAGACACCCUGUGAGCCUGGCACCUACAGCCCCAGUCCUGGCUCCGCCCACUGCCUCACCUGCCCCAACGGAACCAUGUGCCCCUUCCUCGCUACCCAGAAUCCAUUGCUCUGCCCUUCUGGACACUUCUGUCCGGCCGGGUCAUCUCUGCCCCUGGCCUGUCCUCCAGGCUCCCUCAGUAACCAGACAGGAGCCUGGUCUGCCUCUGUCUGCAGGGCCUGUCCUUCUGGGGUCUACUGUAGCUCACCUGGGGCCACAGCACCGCAAGGACCCUGUCAGCAUGGUUAUUUCUGCCAGGGCGGGGCCUCAGAACCAACCCCUUUCCGCUCAGACAGUUUACCCGGGAACGGGCCCUGUCCCCUGGGUCACUACUGCCCUGAGGGCUGCCUCUCUCCCAAGCCCUGCCCUCCAGGCAGUGUCAGAAACAGCACGGGUGGUGUCUCUCUCGAGGGCUGCUUGUCUUGCCCUCCUGGGUGGUACUGUGCCAGAGAGGGGCUCUCUUCCCCCUCGGGUCUCUGUGCUGCUGGCUUCUACUGCCCAUACGACUUCUCCUCCACCACCCCCUACGCUGUCCUCUGCCCCAAGGGCCACUACUGUCCAGCAGGUUCUCCCCUGGCACUGGCCUGUCCUACAGGAGAGUACCAGCCCAACCCUGGGUCAGAGCUCUGUGUUCCCUGCAGGCCAGGCUUCUACUGCGAGGAGGCUGUCGUAGGGGACCCCAGGCCCUGCCCCCCGCACGCCUUCUGCCCUGCAGGCACCAUGGUCCCCCAGCCCUGUCCCAAUGGCACGUUUACCCCCCCAGGCCAGGGGGGGCUGCAGGAGGAGAGGGAGUGCCUGUCCUGCCCCCCAGGGAGCUACUGCAGGCAGGGGCACACAGAGGAGGAGGAGUUCGACUUUUCUUAUCACCUGCUCACAGACCCACUGGCCCCAUAG